AUGCCAUCCAUGCCUGCCGAAGUUGGGGCUACGCUCACUCAAAGGGCGUACUUUUUUGCAGUCAUCGCUGCCGUACUUUAUUUUGUCUGGUGGGCACUGCAGGCUGUAUACAAUGUUUUCUUUCAUCCGUUGCGGAAGUUUCCUGGCCCGGUGCUUUGGGCGGCGAGCGACCUACCACGAUAUUAUUACGAAAAUCGCGGAACGAUUGAUUUCAAGCUGCUGGAACUGCAUGAAAGGUACGGUCGCUGGGUCCGCUAUGCACCAAGACAUGUGGCGACUACAGACGCAUCCGCUUGGAAAGACAUCAACGGGUACGGAAAAAACCAGCUCAGGAAGGACCCAGAUUAUCAGAAUACGGUGUCGAAAGGGCUGACGGAGCUGGGAAUAAUCCAAGCGAACAACGCAAAUCAUGCGCGGAUCCGAAGACAGCUUGCGCAUGCCUUCAGUGAGAAGGCGUUGAGGGAGCAGGAGGGGAUUAUUCAACGAUAUGUAGACACGCUUAUCUUUCAGCUGGAAGAGGUCGCCGAUUCUGGAGAGAAAGUUGAUAUCAUGCACAAGUAUAUGUAUACGACGAGUGACAUUACCUCCGAGCUGGCGUUUGGCACAUCCUUCAACUCCCUGAUCGAUGAGAAGCUGAGGCCGCUUGUGCACCUGCAGGACGGUAUGGGCGACUUCAUAACAUCGGCGAGACUGGUUGCGCGACUGCCUUUGCUCGCUCCUCUCAUCAUGUUGCCUUUGAAACCAGCUUUGAACAUGAUUCGAACAAACAGGGAGUGGGUACAGAAUGUCAUCACGAAGCGCCUAUCCCAAGGAGUCAUGGAAGAGAAGAAGGACUUCAUGUCCUACAUCCUCAAGCACAAAGACGAGUCUGCGGCCAUGUCGGAAGGCGAAAUCCGAGAGACGUCGCGCACGCUGAUCCUCGCCGGCGCAGAAACGACGCGAACGGUCCUCACAACGGCCACGUACUGGCUGCUCAAGAACCCGGAGAUGAUGAGAAGAGCCCAGGAUGAGGUGCGUUCCGCGUUCAACUCCGAAUCAGAGAUCACGUUCCAGACGGCCAGUGCCCGUUUGCCCUACAUGCUUGCCUGCCUUGACGAAACGAUGCGUAUGCGUCCCCCGGUGGGUUCCUUGCUCAUGGGCCGUCUCACUCCUGAUGAGCCGUUCCCCGUGGCAGGCCGUAUCAUCCCCGCAAACACAACCGUUAUCGUCCAUCCGAUCUCCGCGCAGAUGUCGUCUCACAACUUCGCCCACCCACGCUCUUUCCGUCCGGAGCGUUGGCUCGGCGAGGAUCCGGAAUUCAAAGACGACGAUCGCUUCGCAUCGCAGCCCUUCUCUUACGGGCCCAGAAACUGCAUAGGCAGAAACUUAGCGUACAGCAAGAUGCGCGUGAUCCUAGCGAGAGUGUUGUGGAACUUUGACCUGGAAUUGUGCCCCGAGAGCGAGGGAUGGGACCAACAGAAGGUCAAGGUCUUUUGGAAGGGAGGACCAAUGUGGGUACGUGUUAGCCGGAGGGAGUGAGGCCUUUCCAUCGUUUUGGGACGGACAGUUUCUUUACUUGCCAUUCCGGAGUUUUCCUGAACAGUACGGAAGUGGCCACUCGGGAGUGGGUGUUCUGUGUCAGAAUCACCGCAGCUCUCUUUCUUUAUUUCUCUCUCACUCUGAGUGUGUUGCGACACCAUUUCACGCUGCUUUUCAGCUCCUUGCUUCUGCCUUCGGCUUUGAUCCCAUGAGUUCGAAGCAGACAAACAAACCAUCCUUUCCAAACUGAUGCUCAUUCACUGAUUGCAUCUUUUCACCCUUUACUAUGCAAAGACUUCAUUGAUA